AUGACGAAAGGUGUUGAUUUCUACAGUUUGAGUGCGGAGUUGCCUGGUGGGAAGGUGUAUGAUUUCGAGGAGUUGAGGGGGAAGGUCGUGCUUAUUGUCAACGUCGCGUCAAAAUGUGGCUUUACACCACAGUACAAGGGUCUCGAGAAGCUUUACCAAAAGCACAAGGAGAAUGGCUUUAUUAUCUUGGGUUUCCCGUGCAAUCAGUUCGGUGGUCAAGAACCGGGUACAGACGAAGAGAUUGGACAGUUCUGCCAGUUGAAUCACGGGGUGACGUUCCCGCUAAUGAAGAAGUCUGACGUGAACGGGGAUGAGACCAACGAAGUCUACAAAUGGCUGAAGGACGAGAAGGCAGGAAUCCUCGGCUUGACGCGCAUCAAGUGGAACUUUGAGAAGUUCCUGAUCGAUAGAAACGGCAAAGUCGUGCAGAGAUGGGCCUCGACGACCUCUCCGGAAGCGAUCGACACAGAGGUGCAGAAGCUCAUUGACGAGAAAGCGUAA